GGACCUCUUGGUGCCUCCAUAUAUUCCGUGGAACAGCAGACACCUUUAAAUUUACGGUUCUUAUUUCCUCGACUCUCCCCUCGUCUGUAAUCUCUCCUCUAUUUGCUCGAUCUCUAUCAGAAAACAACCAUGGUGUGCGACAAGUGCGAGAAGAAGCUGGCGAAGGUAAUCGUGCCGGACAAGUGGAAGGAGGGCGCCAGCAACACCACCGAGAGCGGCGGCCGAAAGAUCAAUGAGAACAAACUCCUCUCCAAGAAGAACAGAUGGACACCUUAUGGAAAUACCAAGUGCAUGAUUUGCAAACAACAAGUACACCAAGAUGCAAAAUAUUGUCAUACUUGUGCAUACUCUAAAGGGGUGUGUGCCAUGUGCGGGAAGCAAGUGCUGGAUACAAAGUUAUACAAGCAAAGUAACGUAUGAUGACUUUCUUGGAUCACAAUGUUUAUAAUUUCUUAGCUUGCUUGGUUUGCAGCGUGCUAUAGUUAAAAUUGCUUCAGACAAAGGCCACAUGGAACCGGUGAAUGGAUGUUGAUCUGUACCUCUUAUCAAUCUACAAAUGAUUGGACCCGUUGUUUGUGAGAUGAUUAGCAUAUAAUCAUAAUCCUAGUGGAAUCAGUAGUAUUUAGACCUA